AUGGUCCAUUCAAUUGUAGUGCACUCUAAAAUGUUCAGAGUAUUCUACCCGCCAGCGGUGCUGCACUUCAACUCUACUGAACAUUUUCUUUCAAGCAAUUUAGCGUCGCCUUCCAGAUUGGGAAAUCAUAUUUUUGAGUUUGCAAGUCUUUUUGGUCUGUCUGAACGGCUUCAUAGAACUCCACUGUUUCUAGUUGAAAAUGAAUUUCAUCAGAAAAUGCUAGAUGAAACUAGAAAAGUGAUGCCUGGAUUAGUGGAAAAGUUCACAGUCAUCAAUGGAAGUCUGCCCAAAUCCAUCAAGCAGACCCCAUUCCAAAAAGUGUGCUGUCGUCACGAAAACCCGGAAAUUUUGGAAAAAAUCGAUGAGAAGUAUCUGCACUUAACAGGAAUGUUUUAUCAGAGCUGGAAAUACUUUCCAAAUAUGCGUGAACAGUUGCUCGAUUUUCUGGAUGACUCGAGUCAAGAUUUUGGGAACUUGCCAAGAUCGAAUCAACGUACCCAUGUAACCUGCGUUCAUGCCCGCAGAGGUGAUUUUGUGGAUGUUGGCUUUCAGGCAGCCGACCCAGAUUUUAUCCGAAAUUCUGUCAAGUAUAUUGCGGAAAAUUUUAUUCCAGAAAUUGAAUACAAAAAAGUCCAUCGAAAAGUUGUAAUUUUCGGCGAUGACCUGGAAUUUAUGAGAAGCUUAUUUGAAAACUCUGUGGUGUCAACUGACGAGCCAGAAUAUAUGUUCCCGGCAGAAUACUAUAUAUCUCAAAACUCACCAGCCGAAGAUUUGACCUACUCGAAACAAAACUGUGAUAUCGUUCUGAUUAGUGCGCCAAAAUCUACAUUCGGCUGGUGGAUUGGGUAUUUUUCAAAAGGAAAUAAAGUAUUCUAUCGAGAUAUCCGAUAUGCAAAAGAUCGGGGCUAUGUAAGUACUCAUAUUUCCAAAACUGCCAUAACUAUUUUCAAAAAAACUUUCUUUGCACAAUUAUGUAAUUUUGGACCAUUUUUGGUACAAAGUCUCAGACUAUCUAUUCCAGGACUGCGGACGAAUAAACGAGAAUGA